CCAAGUAUAAAAGUGUCUCUCUCUCUCUCUCACUCGCUCACAUUCUGCCCAGGGAGAGAGAGAGAGAGAGGUAGAGAGAGUGAGAGAGUACUACCCCGUGGCUUAAAAGUGAGAGAGUGAGAAAGUGGGAAAAAGCGAGAGAAAAUAGAGCAAGCAAAGACGCGGAAAAACAGUCCUUCAAAAUUACAUAAACAAACUCCUACCACAAGAAGAAGAGGAAGAGGAGGAGGAAGAGGAAGAAGAAGAGGAAGAGGAGGAAGAUGCCGGCCGGGAAGGGAGUAGGCUCAUGGAGUGCCUUCGAGAACGGACUUGAGGAAUACAAAGUGGAUCAGGUCAAGAGAGAGUGGUGGUACACUAUGUCGCCUGACAACCCCCCGCUGACCCGCAAGCAACGCCGACGGCUGAGACAGAAGGGCGUCAUCCCCCCAGCCGCCCCCACCGCCCCCGCCGCCCCCGCCCCGCCAGUCCCUGAGGGGGAGGCCGCGCCCCGCACCAAGAAGCCCCGUAGUCGCAAGAGGAAGCCCAAGCCUAAAUUCGCUGAGCAGCCUGAAGGGGCCCAGCCUACGGACGGGGCCCAGCCUGCCGCCCCCGCUCCAGCCCCAGCCCCGGCCGCCGCCCCCGCCCCGAAGCCUGAAGGGAAGAAAAAGGGGAAGAAGGAGGGUGCCCCGGCUCCUGCCCCGACCCCAGCCCCGGCCCCAGCCCCUGCCCCUGCCCCAGCCCCAGCCCAAACACCUGCCCCAGCUCCUGCUCCCGCCCCCGCCCCCGCCCCCGCCCCGGCACCUGCACCAGCUCCUAUCCAGGCCCCAGCUCCUGCCCCGGCCCCAACACAAGCUCCCGCCCCCGCCCCGGCUCCUGCCCCUGCUCCUGCCCCGGCCCCAGCACAGGCCCCUGCCCCUGCCCCAGCCCCGGCUCCUACCCCAGCUGCAGCCCCGGCCCCAGUAGCCCCGGCCCCAGUAGCCCCGGCACCAGUAGCCCCGGCCCCAGUAGCCCCAGUCCAAGCAGUUGCUGCCCCAGCCCCAACACAGGCUGCUCCUGCACCUGCCCCAGCCCCAGCCCCGACACAAGCCCCGGCUCCUGCUCCAGCACAGGCUCCUGCCCCAGCCCCACCAGCACCUGCCCCGGCCCCGCCCACGGCCCCAACACAAGCCCCAGCCCCUGCUCCAGCACCAGCCCCACAGGCCGCAGCCCCCAGCCAACCCGCUGCCCCCGCCCCAGUGACACCCACAUCACCAGCCCCGCCGCCACUAGCAGCCCCGGCCCCGGCCCCACAGACACAGGCACCAGUCCCACAGCCGCAGUCCCCCAAGCCCACGACGCCCACAGCCCCCGCCCCAGCACUCACGCCGCCUCAAGCCGCCACGCCCACAGCUCCGGCCCCGGCCCCGCCCGCAGCCCCAGCGUCACCCCAAGCACCCAAGCCCCCCACCCCCACCUCACCCCAGGCCCCCAAGCUCCCAACCCCAACGUCACCCCAGGCCCCCAAGCCCCCCACCCCCACCUCACCCCAGGCCCCCAAGCCCCCGACGCCCACAGCCCCGGCCCCAGUGCCCCAGCAGAAACAGAAGCCACAGGGCCCCCAGCGGCCAGCCCCCAGCCCCCCACACCCAUCCGGGGGCCUGGCGGGUCUGGGCAGCACGCCCCCGCCUCCCCUGGGCAGCACGCCGCCCCUCUUCCCCUCCUCGCUCAUGACACCCCUCAGCCCCCCCUUCACCCCCAUGGCCCCCCAGGCCCAUGACGCCCCGCAGAGGAGCCCCGGCACCAACCCCUUCGCGCCCCAAGCCCCCGCCCCGGGCCCCUUCGCGCCCCAAGGCCCCGCCCCGGGCCCCUUCGCGCCCCAAGGCCCUGCCCCAGCCCCGGGUCCAUUCGCGCCCCAGGGCCCCGGCGCCAUGCCCGGCCUGGGGUCGCCCCUGGGGAACAUCUUCGGCCAGCCGCCCCCGGGCCAGGCGCCGCAGCCACUCUCUCCGGGGGGCAAGUUCCCCACGCCGCCCCCCCUGGCCCCCCUGCCUCCCUUCAUGGCCAAGCCCGCCGAGGGGCCCCCCGCUGACCAGCCCCAGCAGCAGCCCCCCAAGGCACCGUGAGCCAGCGCCACGCCCCGCCCCGCCGCGCCGCCCCCCGGGGCCACACACCUGUAUGGCAUCGCCUCAAUAAACACUCGCGGCACA